AUGGACGCUGGUGGUCAAUCUUCCAGCUUACAAAUGAGCUCACAACGUCCCUCUUCUCGCGCGCAGAACUUCCGCACAUACGCAACCGAAGCUCAGAAGCCGUCCUCCUCGUCGACGCCCUGGAUCGUGGGCGCCGUUGCAGUCGGCGCAGGCGUCCUCGGCUACAAUUUCCUAGGAUCCAACAGCAAGACUGCCAAAGCCGACGCCCCCAAGCCCUCGGACGAUGCGCAGAAAAUGGACAAGCAGGGCGGUGAGCCCGGAAAGACCUUCACGGGCGGCGAGCAAGGGUUUGUCGAUCUAAAGCUGGCCGAGAUCAUCCCGUACAACCACAACACCAAGCGGUUCAAGUUCGAGUUGCCGGAGAAGGAGCACGUCAGCGGAUUGAACGUCGCUUCUGCCAUCAUCACGAAAUUCAAACCAGACGACCAGGAAAAGCCCGUCAUCAGGCCAUACACGCCCAUCAAUGAUGAAGACGUGAAAGGCUAUCUCGAACUCCUGAUCAAAGUCUACCCCAAGGGGCCAAUGUCCGAACACAUCCACUCCAUGAAACCAGGUGACAGCCUCUCGUUCAAAGGUCCCAUCCCAAAAUACCCCUGGCAACCAAACAAGCACGACCACAUCACGCUCAUCGCCGGUGGUACGGGUAUAACGCCAAUGUACCAGUUGAUCCGCGCCAUCUUCAAGAACCCGGAGGACAAGACCAAAGUAUCGCUCGUCUUUGGAAACAUCAAGGAAGAAGACAUCCUACUCAAGCAGGAGCUGUCGUCGCUGGAGAACGAGUUCCCCCAGCGGUUCCGGUGCUUCUUUACCCUGGACAACCCGCCCGAGAGCUGGCCGUACGGCAAAGGGUUCAUCACCAAGGAAUUGUUGAAGGAGGUCAUCCCGGAUCCGAAGAGCGAGAAUAUUAAGAUCUUUGUGUGUGGGCCCCCGGGCAUGUACAAGGCGAUCAGUGGAGCGAAGACGUCUCCGCAAGAUCAAGGCGAGUUGACUGGCAUACUGAAGGAGCUGGGCUACACCAAGGAACAAGUGUUUAAAUUUUAG